AAAAGCCCAUCUCCACUACUUUUCCCCUGCCCGCCACCGCCACCACCACCACCCUCCGCCACGCCACCACUGGUAUAUCCCUAAACAACAAGAAACCAAACAAUGUCCACCUCCUGCAUCAAAAACCUUACAGCGAUGAUCGUCAUUGUGCUCCUCGUAUGGUGUUCCCACAUGGACACAUACCAUGCAAGAAGACAUCGGAGGCAGAGUCGAAGCACCACAGCCACCUCUCUCUCUAAGAAGAAGCCCAAAUCCAGGAGCAGCCAUGGCUCCACCCACCACCGUGCCAAGUCAAAGUCAAAGUCAAACCCCAAACCCCCGCCUCCCGCUCCUCCUCCGGCCGCCGCCGGAAAUCCUAAAGUCAUCCCUCCUCCUACUCACACUUCAUCGGUUUUCAAUGUCGUGGAUUUUGGAGCCAAAGGAGAUGGCACCUCAGAUGACACUAAGGCAUUCCAAGCUGCCUGGGCUGCUGCUUGUAAGGUUGAAGCCUCCAUGGUUAAUGUGCCAGCAGAACAUGUAUUCCUAGUGGGGCCCAUUUCAUUUUCUGGUCCAUACUGCCAGCACAACAUUGUCUUCCAGCUGGAUGGUACAAUUAUUGCCCCAACAGGAUCGAGUAGUCACUGGGGAUCAGGCCUUUUCCAAUGGCUGGAGUUCACCAAACUGGUGGGACUCACAAUCAGAGGCAGUGGCACCAUCAAUGGAAAUGGAGCUGUUUGGUGGAAGAAUUCCCCAUAUGACGAUGAUGAUCCUUUGGAUGAUCAAGCUAAGCUCAUUUAUCCCCCAAACACCACCUUGCCUCUUAUCCCUACCUCUCUUGCUGGGAAAAUGCCAAGCAUUAAACCAACUGCUGUGCGAUUCUACGGAAGCUUCAAUGUGACGGUAACCGGGGUGACAAUUCAGAAUAGCCCGCAGUGCCAUCUCAAGUUUGAUAACUGCAUCGGAGUCUCGGUGUAUAAUCUCAGCGUGUCGUCGCCAGGGGACAGCCCCAACACUGACGGGAUUCACCUGCAGAACUCCAAAGACGUGCUCAUUCGAAGCUCCAAUCUAGCCUGUGGGGACGACUGCGUGUCGAUCCAGACAGGAUGCUCCAACGUGUACAUACACAACAUAAACUGCGGACCGGGGCACGGCAUCAGCAUCGGCGGUCUAGGAAAAGACAACACCAAGGCUUGCGUGUCGAACAUCACUGUCCGCGACGUCGUCAUGCAUAACACAAUGAACGGUGUCCGGAUCAAAACAUGGCAGGGCGGGUCGGGAUCAGUUCAGGGAGUGCAAUUCUCGAACAUCCAGGUAUCGGAGGUGCAGCUGCCAAUCGUGAUCGAUCAAUACUAUUGUGACAAGACCAAAUGCAAGAACCAGACAUCUGCAGUGGCUCUGUCCGGGAUCAACUACGAAAACAUAAGGGGCACGUACACGGUUAAGCCCGUGCACUUGGCCUGCAGCGACAGCUUGCCAUGCACCGAUGUCAUCCUUACAAACAUACAGCUGAAGCCGCAGCAAGAACACUACCACAUGUAUGAUCCUUAUUGCUGGCAGACAUUCGGACAGCUCUAUUCGCCCACGAUCCCGCCGGUGGAGUGUCUGCUGGUCGGAAAGCCGUCGAGCAACCGGAUUCAGGGGGACAAUGAUUCUUGCUGAUUGAGCAGAGCACACACACAAAUAUAUAUAUAUAUAGAUAUAUUUGAGAAACAAGAUUAAGGCGAUGAAUAUGAGUGAUGAUGAGGAUUGGUGGUGGUGUGUGUAAAUAGAGUAAUGGAAGUGUAUGUUAAUUUGUAUACUUUUUGUGUGGUCGGCAAUGCUGCUGCUGCUGCUGCUGGCCCCUCCUCGCACCAUUACUAUUGAAAUGUUGCUUCAUGAUUUUAGCAACAGUGAGUAAUAGAUGAUAAUGAGGAUGAUGAUGAUGAUGAU